AUGCGAGGAAAGAUAACGUCCGAGGAGGCGGAGGUCAAUCGGUCCGACUUCCGAGGAGGUGUCGCGAGCAGCGGCGUCAGUGAAGAUGAUACCUUCGGAGGUCGUUGUUUGCAAGGAACAGAAGAGAGAGAAUACAAAAGAACAAGAACAAAAUGGUUCUUCGCCAGGAAUGAAGAUGUAGUCCGAAAUAAAAUGCUGGCCGGUCCUGAGCAGGGGCAAUCUAGGCUACCGUCCCGAGCCUCACAAAAUCCCGAGCGUCACAAAAUCCCGGGAUCCAAUAUCAAAGCGAAAAUUCAUGAAGUGUGCAGACCACCUAUACAAUCCUCUGUAGCAGAAGAGGUGGAACAAACAGCUGCAGCCUAUAAUAAGAAACAUGUUUGUUUUUUAACAUCUGUUGACUGUUGCUGCAGUAAACUAAAAUUUAAAUAA